UGUUCCUCUGCAGGCUUCCUUGAGAAGAACAGGGACAGUCUCCACGGUGACAUCAUCCAGCUGGUCCACUCCUCCAAAAACAAGUUCAUCAAGCAGAUCUUCCAGGCUGACGUUGCCAUGGGGGCGGAGACCAGGAAGCGCUCCCCAACUCUCAGCAGCCAGUUCAAGCGCUCGCUGGAGCUGCUGAUGAGGACGCUGAGCGUCUGCCAGCCCUUCUUCGUACGCUGCAUCAAGCCCAACGAGUUCAAGAAGCCCAUGCUGUUUGACAGGGAGCUGUGUGUACGGCAGCUGCGGUAUUCCGGGAUGAUGGAGACCAUCCGGAUCCGUCGGGCUGGUUACCCCAUCCGCUACACCUUUGUGGAGUUUGUGGACCGGUACCGGGUCUUAAUGCCCGGAGUCAAACCAGCUUACAAACAGGAGGACCUGCGGGGGACGUGUCAGAGGAUUGCUGAGGCUGUGCUGGGAAGAGACGACGACUGGCAGAUGGGCAAAACAAAGAUCUUCCUCAAGGACCACCAUGACAUGUUGCUGGAGAUCGAGCGAGACAAGGCCAUCACCGACAAGGUCAUCCUCAUCCAGAAGGUCGUCAGGGGCUUCAAGGACCGGUCGAAUUUCCUGAGAAUGAGGAAGUCAGCUGUGCAGAUCCAGAAGACGUGGAGGGGUUACCAGUGUCGCAAGAACUAUGGAGCGAUGCGUGCAGGCUUUGCCCGCCUGCAGGCCCUGUACCGCUCGCGGAAGCUCUACCAGACGUACCAUGUGGCGCGCCACCGCAUCACCCUCCUCCAGGGCCAGUGCCGUGGCUACCUGGUGCGCCGCGCCUUCAGGCACCGGCUCUGGGCCGUCAUCACCAUCCAGACCUACACCAGGGGCAUGAUCGCCCGCCGCCUCUACAAACGCCUCAAAGGAGAGUACAAGCGUCGCCUGGAGGCGGAGAAGAUGCGUCUGAUGGAGGAGGAGAAGCUUCGCUACCAGAUGAGCGCCAAGCGGGCCAAGGCCGAGGCCGAGAAGAAGCACCAGGAGCGGCUGUCGCAGCUGGCCCGCGAGGACGUGGAGCGGGAGAAGAAGGAGCGCGAGGAGGCGCGGCGCAAGAAGGAGAUGGUGGAGCAGAUGGAGAGGCAGCGCCAGGAGCCGGUCAACGACUCCGACAUGGUGGACAAGAUGUUCGGCUUCCUGGGCAACACCAACUCCACCCCCGGCCAGGAGGGCCAGCCGCCCCAAGGGUUCGAGGAUCUGGAGAGCAGUCAGAAGGAUAUAGAGGAGGAGGAUCUCGACGAGGCCCUUCCUCUGCCUGAGGAUGACCUGGAUGACCUGACGGAGUACAAGUUUGCCAAGUUCGCCGCCACAUACUUCCAGGGCACCACCACUCACACCUACGUCCGCCGGCCUCUCAAACAACCGCUGCUGUUCCAUGAGGACGAAGGCGACCAGCUGGCCGCCUUAGCUGUGUGGAUCACCAUACUGAGGUUCAUGGGGGAUUUGCCGGAGCCAAAGUAUCACACGGCCAUCAGCGAUGGCAGCGAGAAGAUCCCUGUCAUGACCAAGAUCUACGAGACGCUGGGCAAGAAGACGUACAAGAGGGAGCUGCAGGCCCUGCAGGGAGAGGGGGAGCAGAAUGCUGUCAUCGAGGGAAGCCAGAAGAGGAGCAGUGUGAGGCACAAGCUGGUCUCUCUCACCCUGAAGAAAAAGUCCAAGAUCACAGAAGAGGUGGCGAAACGUCUGAACGACGGCGAGUACUCGUUGCAUGGCAACAGCAUGCUGGAGGACCGUCCCACCUCCAACCUGGAGAAGCUGCACUUCAUCAUCGGCAAUGGCAUCCUCAGGCCCGCACUCAGAGAUGAGAUCUACUGCCAGAUCUGCAAGCAGCUGACCCAGAACCCGUCCAAGAGCAGCCACGCCCGCGGUUGGAUCCUCAUGUCCCUCUGUGUCGGCUGCUUCUCCCCAUCAGACAAGUUCGUCAAGCACCUGAGGAACUUCAUCAACGGCGGGCCACCUGGUUACGCCCCCUACUGUGAGGAACGGCUCCGGAGGACGUUUGUCAACGGCACGCGGACACAGCCCCCAUCCUGGCUGGAGCUGCAGGCCACCAAGUCUAAGAAGCCCAUCAUGCUGCCGGUGACGUUUAUGGACGGGACCACCAAGACGCUGCUAACGGACUCGGCCACCACGGCCAGGGAGCUGUGCAACGCCCUCUCCGACAAGAUCAACCUCCGAGACCGCUUCGGAUUCUCCCUUUACAUCGCCCUCUUUGACAAGGUGUCGUCGCUUGGCAGUGGUGGGGACCACGUGAUGGACGCGGUGUCCCAGUGCGAGCAGUACGCCAAGGAGCAGGGCGCCCAGGAGCGCAACGCCCCCUGGAGGCUGUUCUUCCGCAAGGAGAUCUUCACGCCCUGGCACAACCCGGGCGAGGACGGAGUGGCCACCAACCUCAUUUACCAGCAGGUGGUGCGCGGAGUCAAGUUCGGAGAGUACCGCUGCGACAGGGAGGACUUGUCGGAGCUGGCGUCUCAGCAGUACUACGUGGACUACGGCUCCGAGAUCCUGGUGGAGCGCCUCAUCAGCCUCAUCCCCUCCUACAUCCCCGACCGCGAGAUCAGCUCCAACAAGAGCAUCGAGAAGUGGGCCCACUUCAUCAUGGCCGCCCACAAAAAGGGCAUCUAUGCACAAAACAGAAUGGACCCACAGAAGGUCAAAGAGGAGGUGGUGGACUUUGCUCGAUACAAGUGGCCUUUGCUAUUCUCAAGAUUCUACGAGGCCUUUAAAUUCUCAGGUCCCAGCCUGCCUAAGAAUGACGUGAUUGUAGCGGUCAACUGGACGGGAGUGUAUUUUGUGGAUGAGCAGGAGCAGGUCCUUCUUGAGCUGUCCUUUCCUGAAAUCACAGCUGUCUCCAGCAGCAGAGGGGGGAAGCUUCAGGGACAGAGCUUCACCUUGGCCACCAUAAAGGGCGACGAGUACACCUUCACCUCCAACAACGCAGAAGACAUCCGAGAGCUGGUCGUCACCUUCUUGGAGGGACUUCGGAACAGGUCAAAGUUCGUGGUGGCCCUACAGGACAACCCCAAUCCUGAGCGUUUCUCGUCCCCAGCUGGUGGUGAUGACUCCACCUUCCUGAGCUUCGCCAAGGGGGACCUCAUCGUGCUGGACCAGGACACCGGCGAGCACGUCAUGACGUCGGGCUGGGCCCACGGGGUCAACGACCGCUCCAAACAGCGAGGGGACUUCCCUGCAGACUGCGUCUACGUCCUGCCCACGGUCACCAAACCUCCCCCAGAGAUAGUGGCUCUGGUUACCAUGACUCCCGACCAGCGGCAGGAGUCUAUCCGUCUGUCCCACAUCACACUGUCGGGCACCGAGGAGGAGCAGGUCAAGCCAUACACACUGGAAGAGUACUCUUACGACCACUUCAGGCCCCCUCCCAAGCAUACGCUGAGCCGCGUGAUGAUAACUAAGAACCGGGGCAAGGACAAGCUGUGGUGCUGCACGCGGGAGCCCCUCAAGCAGCCGCUGCUCAAGAAGGUGCUGGGCCACGAGGAGCUGUCCCAGGAGGCCUGCAUGGCCUUCAUAGCUAUGAUGAAGUAUAUGGGUGACUACCCCUCCAAGCGCACACGCUCUGUCAAUGAGCUGACUGACCAGAUCUUUGAGGGAGCACUGAAGGCAGAACCUCUGAAGGAUGAGAUCUUUUCCCAGAUCAUCAAACAGCUGACAGAAAACCAUGUCAAGUACAGCGAGGAGAAGGGCUGGGAGCUGCUGUGGCUGUGCACGGGGCUCUUCCCCCCCAGUAAUGUUCUACUGCCCCACGUCCAGAGGUUCCUGCAGUCCAAGAGGCACCACCCGCUGGCUCAGGACUGCAUGCAGAGACUGCAGAAAGCCUUACGGAAUGGCUCCCGGAAGUACCCCCCUCACCUGGUCGAGGUGGAGGCCAUACAGCACAAGACCACGCAGAUCUUUCACAAAGUGUACUUCCCUGAUGACACAGACGAGGCGUUUGAGGUGGAGUCCAGCACCAAGGCCAAGGACUUCUGUCAAAACAUUGCAGACCGGCUCCUGCUCAAGUCUCCCGAGGGCUUCAGCCUGUUUGUCAAAAUCUCUGACAAGGUUAUCAGUGUACCCGAGGGGGAUUUCUUCUUUGACUUUGUCCGGCACCUCACAGACUGGAUCAAGAAAGCCAGGCCCACAAAGGAUGGUAAAGUCCUAUGCUCAGGAAUAGUGCCUUCGCUAACCUAUCAGGUGUUCUUCAUGAAAAAACUUUGGACCAACACGGUUCCAGGCAAAGACUCCUUUGCCGACUCAAUCUUUCAUUACUAUCAGGAACUUCCAAAGUAUCUCCGUGGUUACCACAAAUGCUCUCGUGAGGAGGUCUUCCAGUUGGGAGCGCUGAUCUACCGAGUGAAAUUUGAGGAUGACAAAUCCCAUUUCCCCAACAUUCCCAAGAUGCUCAAGGAAUUAAUCCCACAGGACUUGAUCCGGCAACUGUCUCCUGAUGACUGGAAGAGGUCUGUUGUAGCCUACUUCAACAAACAGGCCGGCAAGUCCAGAGAGGAGGCCAAGCUCAUGUUCCUCAAGAUCAUUUUCAAGUGGGCAACGUUCGGAUCAGCGUUCUUUGAAGUGAAGCAAACCACUGAACCCAACUACCCAGAGAUCCUGCUCAUAGCCAUCAACAAGCAUGGAGUCAGCCUGAUUGACCCCAAGACCAAGGACAUCCUAGUGACACACCCUUUCACCAAGAUCUCCAACUGGAGCAGUGGGAACACCUACUUCCACAUCACCAUUGGCAACCUGGUGCGAGGCAGCAAGCUACUAUGCGAGACCUCACUGGGCUACAAGAUGGACGACCUCUUGACCUCCUACAUCAGCCAGAUGCUGACCACCAUGAGCAAGCAGCGCAGCUCGCGGUCCCAGACCAAGUGAACGUCUUACUGGCAGGAGGCUGCCGAGCUGCUGCGACUGCUGAGGCCCCUGGGCCACCCCUGCAGCUGGGGCCGCGCCUUCCCCUCGCACCUCUGGAGGAUGAGCCGCAGCCCCUCCCACAGUCCCUCCUCCCACAGCGCCGCCUCCUCCACAGGAGGCUCCUCCUCCCUCCUCUCUCAAGACCUGUCCGGCGGUGAUGGUGAUGAUGGCGCAUCCUCGUCCUGUCCCUCUGGCUACGACGUUACCCGGCUCUGAGUUGUGGCAAAGAAGCCCCCGCUGUAGUCUCUUCAACACAAUAACGCAGGCUGCCAUCUCUCUCUUCCACUCCCCAACCCCCUCCCACAGCUCCGCCUUCUCCACCGGAGGCUCCCCCUCCUCCUCCCUCCUCUCCCAAGACUUGUCCAGCUGCAGUGGAGGGGGACAGGAGGGCGGUGAUGAUUGUGCAUCCUCGUCAUGUCCCUCCGGCUACGACGUUACCCGGCUCUGAGUUGUGGCGCCGCAGUAGUCCCUUCAACACAAUAAUGCAGGGUUAUCACUCGGCUGCCAUCUCUAUGCCCCUCCCACGACUCCGCCUCCUUCUCCACCGGAGGCUCCCCCUCCUCCUCACUCCUCUCCCAAGACCUGUACAGCUGCAGUGGAGGGGGACAGGAGGGCGGUGAUGGUGAUGGUGAUGGUAGUGAUGGCGCAUCCUCGUCAUGUCCCUCCUGCUACGAUGUUACCCGGCUCUGAGUUGUUGUGGCAAAGCAGCCGCCGCAGGAGUCGCAGGGUUAUUAUCACUGGGCUGCCAUCUCUCUCUCCUCCACCCUCCCCCUCCCCACUUCCAUCUCCGCUCUACUACUACUACUACGACGACUGUUCUUCAGCCUCCUGCCCCCACCAGACGCUUUAGCUGAGUGACUUUGUAAGAUGAGAUAUGAAAUAUGAAUGAAGUGAUAUGAAAUGCUUGACUCUGCCUCAGUUUGCUGCCGGGGCAGGGGACAUCCGUCCGACACUUUUUGCCCUGAUCAGAAGGGGGCAGAAGAGGAUUUGGAUGUUGGUGUCAUUAACUCUCUGAAUGAAUGAGGCUCUAGGUGAAUACAUUGUAUUGCUUGUUUUUUUAUGUCACUGCUCUCCUGUAGAUUCCCAGGGUUAUGAAUGAAAUUACAUGUAAAAAGUUGUAAUAUAUUGUAUUAUUUUUAUGGGUUUGUUUGAUGAAUCACUGGUUAAACAGUUGACCUGGGUUUGAAAGAAAAAAAGUGUAGGCUUAAGUAUUCUGCUGCCCUGUUAAAAAGCCUUAAAGUACAUUUUUACCACAUCCGAUAUGAUCAUGUUUUUUUUUUUUUUUAAUAAGAGAUGCAAGCAUUGACCUCUACAAGUACUGUAUCAUUGGAUGCAAGUGUUAUCAAGUAUGAAGUUAAAUGUUAACUCGAUGAGUGUUGACUUGAAUGAGUACAUCAUACCCUUCUCUUAACAGCAAGGUCCACGUUCUGGGAGUGUUUCACCCUUUCUGGGUCAAGAGGAUUUUCAGCACCCCUUUUGCCAGACCUCCUGAUGGCCUUACUUUGAAAAUGGCAUCCUCUCCCAUGCUAGUAAUGACAUGCUCCUCUGAAGGACAAAUGACUAAUAUCAAAUAAAAGGGCAUUUCUGCA